CUCCCGAGACCUGAUUGGCCAUGGGAGAAGGGGCUGGUGGCCUGGUUGAAGCUGCGGAGGACUGUCGGGAGCUUCUUGGGACCGAGGACCGAGACCCAGGCUCCAGGCCUCAGCGGGACGGCAGACCGUGGGGAGGCUGACCGGAGAGAGAGGAAAAGACGGGGCCUGGCCCCCGGGACUCCCUGUGCCUUGCUUGGAGCUGACGCCAACGGGGAGCUGACAAGAUCACAUGUUGAGAAGAAGUUGGAAAGAAUCCCAAGUGGAUCAACUGAAUAUCUGGAUGAGGACAAGAUCUGUGGGGAGAGACUGUAAGAUAGAAUGAGUCCAUUUAAGUCCCAGGACGGUGGAAAGUAACUAGUGGAUUGCAGCCAUGUUGUGGAAGCUGCUGCUGAGAUCCCAGUCCUGCAGGCUGUGUUCUUUCAAAAAGAUGCAAUCACCUCCAAAAUACAGACCUUUCUUAACAUGCUUCACCUAUAUAACUGAUAGACAGUCGAGCAAAGAAAAUACAAGAACAGUGGAAAAGCUCUAUAAAUUUUCAGUUGACAUCAGGAAAAUUCGCAGAUUAAAAGGAUGGGUACUUUUAGAGGAUAAAACCUAUGUUGAAGAAAUUGCGAGUAUUUUACAAGAACUAGGUGCCGAUGAGACUGCUGUAGCCAGUAUUUUGGAACGCUGCCCGGAAGCAAUUGUCUGUAGUCCAACCGCUGUUAACACCCAGAGAAAACUCUGGCAGUUGGUCUGCAAAAAUGAGGAAGAGUUAAUCAAGUUAAUAGAGCAGUUUCCAGAAUCUUUCUUUACUAUUAAAGACCAAGAAAACCAGAAGCUGAAUGUUCAGUUCUUUCAAGAGUUGGAACUAAAAAAUGUGGUCAUUAGCAGACUUUUGACUACUGCAUCUAAUGUUUUUCAUAAUCCUGUUGAGAAGAAUAAGCAAAUGGUAAGAAUUCUCCAAGAGAGUUAUCUAGAUGUAGGUGGCUCUGAGGCCAACAUGAAAGUUUGGCUACUAAAAUUGUUAAGCCAAAAUCCAUUUAUUUUGUUAAAUUCUCCCGCAGCUAUAAAGGAAACACUAGAAUUUCUCCAGGAGCAAGGUUUCACAAGCUUUGAAAUUCUCCAGCUUCUGUCCAAACUCAAAGGAUUUCUUUUUCAACUUUGCCCAAGAAGUAUACAGAAUAGUAUUUCCUUCUCUAAAAGUGUUUUUAAAUGCACAGAUCAUGACCUGAAGCAAUUAGUUUUGAAAUGUCCUGCCCUUUUAUAUUAUUCUGUUCCAGUUUUAGAAGAGAGAAUGCAAGGAUUAUUGAGAGAAGGAAUUUCCAUAGCUCAAAUAAGAGAGACGCCAAUGGUUCUUGAAUUAACACCACAGAUAGUACAGUACAGGAUAAGGAAACUGAAUUCCUUAGGCUACAGAAUAAAGGAUGGACAUCUAGCAAAUCUAAAUGGAUCAAAAAAAGAGUUUGAAGCUAAUUUCGGCAAAAUUCAGGCCAAAAAAGUAAGGCCAUUAUUUAACCCUGUGGCACCAUUAAAUGUUGAAGAAUGACAUACUGACUGAUGUUGCUUCUUUCUAGCAGUGCAGGGUGAAACUAACUAGCAAAGACAAAAAUUCAGGCAGUUUGUAGGCACAGUAAUUUAAGAACCUGCUUAUCUUCUGGGUUGCAUUUGAGUUAUCUCUAAAUAGAUAAAUUCUGACUCAUUUGCCAUAUUAUAAAAUAUAAAUUGUAUGUUUUAAUAAAUAAAGUUGGUAACUUUUACCUUAAACCAUUAUUUCAAAAACUCAUGUACUAUUAAAUGGCAUAUCAGUGUGAU